AUGCAAGUGACCAAUGUCAUGAGCAGUGGGCGCUCUGCAGGUAUUUCUACUCGCACAGUUGUGGAACUUGGCACAACCGUGCUCGAGACUAUAUCGGCUGGCAACUACAACUCGAGCGGAAGCGUAAAUAUCACGGGCUGGGACCUGACGCAACCGUGGCCAGGCGAUUUCAGCACAUGGUCAAUAAGCACCUACACUGCCGCCGACAUCCCGGCCACGCUCAUUGAGGAUGACGGCACCCAAACGUCGGGCUACGUCACUGGCACCUCUACCAACGUUCGUCAAUUAGAUGAAUCGCAAGAAAAAAGGACAAUGUCGCUCCGGAGAGAUACUUCCAACUCGACGACUGGGUGGACUGUCUGUGCAAUUGAUCUAGGUCGUGUGGAAGCCGCCGACGAUGAGGGUCUCUGCAAAGAAGCCUUGGGCGAACAGUGUACGGAAGAUUUGGUGGUCGCAGGCAUGAGGACUUACAAUUCGGAAAAAUCAUGUCACGGUUCCUUCGUCAUGCCAUCGAGUUGCGAGGAUCUGGCUGGACACAAUAUACUCAGUAGUAAAUGGCUCAAGCUGACUCGACAUUCACUUGAAGCCUUGAACCUUGGACAAAACGUAUCCGAUUUUACCAUAUAUACCGGCAUCGAGGAUGGAGAUCGAAGUAUACACCAAUUGGGCAAUUACACAGCCUACGAUCGAGCCGCAAACUACGCACAUGUUACCAUGCUCAUCUGGGCUGGUACAAACAAGACCGUCACGUCUUCGCAAAUGGUUGGACUGGCUUGCCCGCGGUCUACAACGGCAGUCCGUGACAGUCAAAUUCCGAACACGUCAAUGUCCGAGCAUGUAUCUUUCAGACUCUUUCUGGGUUUCAUGCUUCUAUCCAGUUUGUCGAUGGUCUUGUAA